AUGGAUCCGGCCGGGCCCCAAGACCCGCCGCCGUACAUCUUGGUAGAGGUGCCGCAGGGCACUGCCCCUGAGCGCUACCUGGACGAAUCUGAGAAACUCGGGCCGCCUUCGCUGCCUCCCAGGCCACUGUCCGCUCCUCCUGCUCCAGUGCCGGUAGUAGAUCCAUCAACUAGCAAAGCCGCAGCAGUGCCGGCCGUGACGGAAACACAGCAACACCACGAAGCUGCGGAGAAGGCGGCGGCGGAGGCGGAGGCGGAGGCAGAGGCGGCGCACGAUGAGAAGCAGAGCGGCUUCGCCAAGCGCUUCAUGGGCAACAUGCUGGUCGCGCGCCUGGGCCGCGCGGGGGUGCAGUCGGUGAGCUCGACGGUCAAGCUGCCGCUGUACCUGUCGCCGUGGGGCGACAACAACCCGUUCGUGGCGCCGAACCUGCGGAAGCGCGACCUGGCGCUCGCGGGCGUCAUGCACUUCGGGGCCGACGCGCUGAUCGGCAGCUCGCUGACGGCCGCCGAGGCAGUCGUCCAGCAUGGCGCCGCCUGGACCGCCGAGCAGGGCGUCGACCACGGCUACGACCGCUUCCGCGGCGCCCGCCCCCACAGCGUCCGCCGCGCCCCCGGCCUCACCAGCGUCGAGGUCCGCAUCGCCCACAAGCUCAUCGGCGAGGAGGCCGAGCUGCGCUUCUUCGAGUCCCGCGAUGCCAGGAACAUGCUCGCCUGCGCCAAGGGCUGGUUCUGCCCCUAUCUGUACUGCUCGAGCCGCGUCUCGCAGCUGUCAAGGAGGAAGGAGUUCACGGUGGCGGAGGUGAUGGGACCGGGAUUGAAGGCCGACGCAGCCUUGGCGCCAACUCUGCUCUCAUGCAUCACCCAGGAAGACGCCCCCGUGUGUCGGCUGGACGCGGGCGAAGACGCCGGGGAGAAGAGCACCAACUACAAGCGCUUUGCCAUAUUCUUCAUGGGGAUCUCGCCGUACCGAACGGCGUCGGCCUGGUCCCAGGCCAAAGUGCCCGGCGAGGCCAGACUCCGGUUUCACCUCCUCACCCACAUCCCGGGCGUCGUUGUGCCUAUCAAGUCGACGGCGCCGGUCUGCGCGUGGAGCCCGUGGACGCUGGAUCAGAUCCUGCAUGGCAAGGACGGCUACAGCGCCGAGAAACACCGGGACGAGAUUCUGCGGUAUCUGGACUCUGUCGUGGACGAGUCGCAUGUCAGGCAGCAGAGCAGGGAGUCGUGGCGACAAGAGCUAUCGGCCGCUAUCGAUCAGAUCCUGGUUGGCCUCAAGAAUAUCUCAUCGACUUUGGGGUCCAUUGCGGACGCCUUUGAAGACGAGCAUGGGGGAGUUGUCAUGUUUAGGUUCUGA